CGUCUGGUGACUCGGUGACUCAACGCGAAACGCCUCACAGAUAUAAAACAGACGCGUUUCUCCUCGGUUUUCACUCGUUUACCGCUUAGAUAAAGACCAGUAACCAUGCCGAUGUGUGGAGGCACCUCCGACGUAAAGGACGCCGACGAGAAGGUUCAGCAGAUUUGUAAUCAAGUGAAGGCUCACGUGGAGCAGAAAGCUGGGAAGACCUUUGACGUCUUCAACGCCAAGAGCUACAAGAGUCAGCUGGUAGCAGGGACCAACUACUUCAUAAAGGUCCAUGUCGGGGGUGAUGAGCAUGUUCACGUCCGUGUUUGGCAGAAGCUGCCAUGUAACGGCGGGGAACUAGAGCUGAGCGAUAUUCAGCUCUCCAAGAGCCACCAGGACCCCAUUGAGUACUUCUGAACACCUGGCUAUCCAAGCAAAGCUCCAGUGCCUGCUCCGCCUACCCUAUAUCCUGUCAUUCCUUUUUUUCCCCUCAUAUACUGUAGGAACUGACUGAGUGCAGUAUGGAUCAUGAUUUGGAGACUGUAAAAGAAAUUAUUUUGUACCAUGUUUGAAUAAACGGAACAAGGAUUGAUUUGA